AUGCCCAUCCUCCUCACGUUGUGCCUCUUGCAAGGUUCUGCUUUGACCCCUCCACACAGAAGACCCCAUCUCAGAUGCCGGUGGAAGGGCCCUCUGCCCUCUGGGCCCCACCUCUGGGCCAAGGAAACACUCACUCCUUUCCCACCCCCAUGCCGCAUGGAGGAGACAGCCACAGCAGAUGCAAAUGCACUGAAGGGCCCGAGACUGGUGUCUGGGGAACCUGGGGGAGCUGUCACCAUCCGGUGCCAUUACACCCCCUUGUCCAUCAACAAGCACGUGAGGAAGUAUUGGUGCCGCCUAAGCCCCGUGACGUGGAUCUGCCACACCAUCGUGUCCACCACCAACUACACUCACCUCGGCUACCGUGGCCGCGUGGCCCUAGCAGACUUCCCACAGAGAGGCUUGUUUGUGGUGAGGCUGUCCCAGCUGUCCCCGGAUGACAUGGGGCGCUAUCGCUGCGGCAUUGGAAACAGAAACAGCAUGUUCUUCUUCAGCAUGAAGCUGACCGUCUCUGCAGAUCCUUCCAGCACCAUCCCCACGGCCACUCCGGCUACCGGUGAGCUCGUCAUGGGAUCCUUUGGAGCAUUAUCACCAGCGGCCAACAGACGGACCUCAGGAACAGCUCAGACUAUAGAAAGCCAGGGGACAGGAUGGGACAGAGUUGCUCUGACUCCAGGGACCAACAAAACAACAGCGUCAGCUGAGGGAAGGCAGACUCCAGGAACAACCGAGGCAGUAGCUCUAGGGACGGCCAGCCAGGUAGAGGGUUCUGUCUGGGCAACAGUCCCCACUCCAGAGAGUCCGGCUUCAACAACUGGAGGCGUGUCCAGUACAACAGAAGGUGUCUGGGUGUGGGACACCAGAGGCUCAGUAGCGAAUAGGGCGAGGCCCCGCGAGGAAGGGAGGGAGACAACUACGGAGGCCGAUGGGCCACCUGAAGAAACAGAGGGGGUCAGAACAGCUCUGGAUGUCACUGGGAAGGUCAUAGGGACCAGUGGGCCAUCAACUCUGGUCUCAGAAAAAUGGGUGCAGAAAAUCCUGCAAGAAGCGACAACUGUUUCUAAGCCACAAGACCUGGGCUCCGCUGAAGGAACUACCACAGCUGCAGGUGUGUGGACCCUGGGGCCCACCAGCAUAGAGAUGGCGUCUGAGGAGGGAGCCACCGAAGGGGACCUAGACAUGCCUGCUGGCGACAGCGAUCCCCAAGCCACACAGAGCCAGGCCCCAGCUGCUGGGUCCGUGAGGCUCUUGGGCAAGGGGUCCUCCAUGAUGAGCGUUUCUCCAGGAGAGAAAAACAUCUCUCGGAUCCUGAUUCUCGCCUCCACGGUGCUGUGCCCCCUUACACUUGUGGUUCUUGGCCUGUUGCAAAAGAAGCUCCCGAGAAACAAGAUGACUCAGGAGGCAAAAAGAACAGCAGCGGUCACCUUGAUUCAGAUGACAUAUUUCCUGGAACUGAGUCUCCAGCCAGACCAGCUGCCCCACAUGGAAAGGAAUAUGCUCCGGGAUGACUGUCCUCCCCAGGCCAGUCUGACUGUCCCAGAGACACACCCUGGACCCCGAGAAAUGGAAGCAUAA